CCGGCCCGGCCGGGUUCUGGGAAAGGGCCAGAUUGCAUCAGACAGGGCUCCUGGGGCUGGGGCCAGACUGCAGGCUGAGGAAGAGACGUGGCUUUAUAAAUUGGAUCCAGUGAACUGGGAGGUGCCAGGAAAUCAGACACAAACUCAGCUUUAGAAGGUGACAGAGGCAGUGAGAGUGAGAGUAAGCCAGACACGAUGGCCACCUUCCCCGGAGCAGCCGGCUCCUCCCAGCAGCCCCCAGGGCCGCAGGACGAAGACGCCAGCCUGGAUGAGUACGACCUCUACGGCCUGGCCCAUUCCCAGCUGGUGGGAGGCCGGAAAGGUCGCACCAAGAGAGAAGCUGCUGCCAACACCAACCGCCCCAGCCCUGGGGGGCACGAGAGGAAGCUGGUGACCAAGCUCCAGAACACAGAGCGGAAAAAGCGAGAGUCACGGCCCUGAGACAGAGCUGGAGAUGAGGCCGGAGCAUGCACCUCACACAGCAACGUUGGCAGGACCUCGGAAGAACCAGCACCUGGAGGCAGGAUCCAAGCCUUCGUGCCCCCACCCCAUCCCCAGGACUUACCCCACCUGACUGAGGCUCAGAGGGGCCCCCAAGGAAGCACCCUCAGCACAGAAAAAGGGCAAGAUAGGGAGCAAGAGGCAGAGAAUGGAGAGUCAAAGUCACAAGGGUACCCCCAAAAGAAAGAUGCUGAAGAAACCGGAGCUCCCUGGGUGGCAGCGACAAUAAAGUACAGCAGCUACUGUG